AUGCUCGGCCAACCCGCACGUGGCAGAACUGCCGGUAUGGCACCCUUGCAACGUCGCAUGGUUGAGAACUACAGAGUGCCAAAGGCUCCACAAGCGCCUAGUGGACGCUCCCUAGAUCACCGCAGCGGCGGCGCACGCCCUGUUGGCUGCCCGGCUAAAUGUGAAUUCGUAGAUGUCCGGCAAGAGGUGAAGGCGCCGGCACAGGCGCCUCUCCCGCCCAGCCAUGGGCCCCAGUACCCGCUCCUCGCCGUUCCACGCAGAAAACCAAAUCCACUGACUCUGAUGCUGCUUCGGCUUCGUCGCCGUCUGGAACUCCAGAACCGCAAGGCUCGUCUGGUGGGACUCCUGCCGCAUCUUCAGGUGAAGGCGCCGGCACAGGCGCCUCUCCCGCCCAGCCAUGGGCCCCAGUACCCGCUCCUCGCCGUUCCACGCAGAAAACCAAAUCCACUGACUCUGAUGCUGCUUCGGCUUCGUCGCCGUCUGGAACUCCAGAACCGCAAGGCUCGUCUGGUGGGACUCCUGCCGCAUCUUCAGGUGAAGGCGCCGGCACAGGCGCCUCUCCCGCCCAGCCAUGUGAGUCCCCUUGAAGCACAUUUCGCGGAAUUCUGCGUGACGUUCUCUGACGUCGUGUUGCUCACGAACUCUGUCGCUGUCGGCAAUGCGGGAGUGGGGCUGGAGCGGGAAAACGUUAUUUCAGUGUUCGAAGACGCGGAGGCACUUGAGAGUUCUGUGUUGCUUCCCUGCUCCGCAGCAAAGGGCCUUUAUCCGUCUUUGGAACCAUUUCGUGGUCCUUCGGACGCCAAUGCAAAGGGCUUCUAUCCUUCUUUGGAGCAUUUAAAGAGCCUUCAAGGCGACGGAGGGGCCGCAGCCUCUGGAGAAAGGUUGUUUUCUAUUUCCGCUCCUUUCGGAGCCAUUGAUCGACGAGAAACGCGCACUCUCAAAGAGGGAUACACUUUAUUUCUCCAGCAGCUCAGGCAAAAUUUACCGAAGCUUGCAGAGACGACGUACCAAAUCCUUGGAUGGCUUGAUGACUACUUUCCGCAGACCGAAUCAGAGGUUCAGAUCUUCACCGAUGCCCUUAACACUGCCGAGUCUCUCGCAGGCGAUGCGGCUCGGUGGGUGUUUGACGCAAUCCCGGAAGCAGACAGGGCAUCGUUGUACUCCGCAUUCUAUCAGACGUUCCGCGACAAGCUGCCCUCGAGUUUUUUUGAAGCGGCACAGAAAAUCAAUCCAGCUUUAAAAAAGUACUUCAGCGCCGAGACCCCUGUAUCAGGUGAUUCAGAACAUCCCUCCAGCGCCGAGACCCCUAUUCCACAUGAUUCAGAACAUGCCUCCAGCACCGAGACUCCUACUUCAGCGGAUUCAGAAAAGGCUUCGCAAUCGCCAGAAGCUAUAACCGCUCACGAACCGAAAAGUCUUGCCACAGAUGAAGAUGGCCGAGGCAUCCAGGCUAUCCAGCCGCUUCCUGCUGGCAGAGUUACACCACGCGAGCAUAUCCCGUGGACGAAGAUAAAGAAUUCCAUAUCGAAAGCUCAUGGUCCUGUGUCACAGAUACCUCAGUGGGUCGCUGCUGCUGGCACCUGUCCUCUUGGCGAAGGCUACAGGGAAAUCGAUGUAGCGAAGACCACAACAGAUGUACUUUUCCGACUGACUCUGCUCAUUGUACAGCAAAUCAAGAGGAAGAACUCCAAGAAAGCGAAGUUGAAUGAUGACCAGGCCCUAGUUGCUCUCUGUACAUCAGCUGGAGCCUUCAUCGCUGCAUGGCAACAACAUCAGCAGGCAUUCGCGCAGGAGGAUCAGAACGCACCGAAGGCAUAUGCUCUCUUGAUUGAACGUCUCAGGCAUGUGGAUAAAUACUUUUUGAAGACAUACGACGAAACAACAGGCCAAAGCAACCACGGGGCGUGGAAGAAGAACAAAGCAGAAAUCGCUGCGGUUGGCAGAAGCGCACUGAUGAAGACCUGCGUGAAAUACAUGAAAGAAGCUGGUGAUGUUGCUACAAGGUCAUUCAAGGCGGGAACGGUGACGUACCCUUCUCGGUCACUUUACGGAGGAAUCACCAACACACUCGGCGCGAGAUUUACCGAUUCUGAGGUGGUAGCACAAGCCGUGCACCGGUACGCUAAACAGUACAAAUCGCCCGACAAGGUCGUUGGUCUCUGCGGAGCUCUCCAGACAUCAGGAUACUUCAAGAAGUGCUUCUCUGAAGCCUACCACCUGUACGCCGCCACCGCUUUUCACCUUCAUGUCGACGGCAGCAGCGUCCUCAGUCGCACGCUCGCGCGUGACCGGCCCAUUGGCAAACAUGCUUUGGCUCAAGCCGCGUGCGACCCCGCCGUCUCUGGGCAAUACUUCGAGAAUGCAUUUCGCCUGUUGUCUGCCGCCAUAACGCAAGAGUGGGAGAGGGAGAAACUGUUCGAGCGUCUGUCGUCGUGGACUACGACGUCAGUGAUCCUUGCGCCGGCCCUUGAGGCUUCAGUCCCCGUGCCUGCGGCGGAACCUGAGGCGGCGUGGGAUCCAGCGUAUGAAGACGGCAUCUACCGCAUCUACCAACAAAACAGCAACGGCCAGCAGCAAUCGGCGGGCACGGUGUUCUACGUGGGAGGUCUCCCGCACCACGUAAAACCUACCGGCGUCCUCGUGCAAGGGGCUACUGUGCCUGAUUCCUCGCGAGCGACUGCCGUUCACAACGUUGAAAGCGACGGCGACUUGUCGACCGCGUCAGACUCGCGGACGCAAUCGAGGGCCUUUAUAAACGCAAACGCUCCUGACGCGGAGACGCCACGGGCUACGGACAGAAAAUCCCGCCCUGGGUUCUCAGCGGGGAAGAACGAAAAACAAGUUUCGGAAGAGGCGGCGGAAGAAAAACGUGGCUCGCAAGCUCGACAGGCAGCAGAGGAAGCUGAGGAGCUCUGA